UUUUGAAGAAGACUCGAGACGCCGCGACUGUCAGCUCCAUUUUGUGGUUUGAGCCGGUCGCUGUCAGCUGGGCGUCUUUCGUGAUUGCGUUGCAGGCUUUGUCUCCGUCGGCUGGAAUUCUUUGGCCAGGACGAUGAGACACUCAAGGAGAACGUACUGUCCUGAUUGGGAUGAAAAGGAUUGGGAUUGUGGGAAGUGGAGGAGCAGCAGCAGUUAUAAAAGAAGGAAGAGAUCACAUAGCAGUGCUCGGGAAAACAAGCGCUGCAAAUACAAUCACUCUAAAACAUCUGAGAGCCAUUAUUUGGAAAGCAGAUCUAUAAAUGAGAAAGAUUAUCAUAGUCGUCGCUACAUUGACGAAUACAGAAAUGACUACAAUCAAGGAUGUGAACCUGGACAUCGCCAUAGAGAUCAUGAAAGCAGAUAUCAGAACCAUAGUAGCAAGUCUUCUGGUAGAAGUGGAAGAAGUAGUUAUAAAAGCAAACACAGGAUUCACCACAGUACCUCACAUCAUCGUUCACAUGGGAAGAGUCACCGAAGGAAAAGAACCAGGAGUGUAGAGGAUGAUGAGGAGGGUCACCUGAUCUGUCAGAGUGGAGACGUACUAAGUGCAAGAUAUGAAAUUGUUGACACUUUAGGUGAAGGAGCUUUUGGGAAAGUAGUGGAGUGCAUCGAUCAUAAAGCGGGAGGUAGACAUGUAGCAGUAAAAAUAGUAAAAAAUGUAGACAGAUAUUGUGAAGCUGCUCGUUCAGAAAUACAAGUUCUGGAACAUUUAAAUACAACAGACCCCAGCAGUACAUUCCGCUGUGUCCAGAUGCUGGAGUGGUUUGAACAUCAUGGACAUGUUUGUAUUGUGUUUGAAUUGCUGGGACUUAGUACCUAUGACUUCAUUAAGGAAAAUGGUUUUCUACCAUUUCGACUGGAUCAUAUCAGAAAGAUGGCAUAUCAGAUAUGCAAGUCUGUCAAUUUUUUACACAGUAAUAAGUUGACUCACACAGACUUAAAGCCUGAAAACAUCUUAUUCGUACAGUCAGACUACACAGAGGCGUAUAACACCAAAAUGAAACGUGAUGAGCGUACCUUACUAAAUCCAGAUAUUAAAGUUGUGGACUUCGGAAGUGCAACGUACGAUGAUGAACAUCACAGUACAUUGGUAUCUACAAGACACUACAGAGCACCUGAAGUUAUUUUAGCUCUGGGAUGGUCCCAGCCAUGUGAUGUCUGGAGUAUAGGAUGUAUUCUUAUUGAAUACUACCUUGGGUUUACAGUAUUUCCAACACAUGACAGUAAGGAACACUUAGCAAUGAUGGAAAGGAUUCUUGGACCUUUACCAAAACAUAUGAUACAGAAAACCAGGAAACGUAAAUAUUUCCAUCAUGAUCGACUAGACUGGGAUGAACACAGUUCUGCUGGCAGAUACGUUUCAAGGCGCUGUAAACCUCUGAAGGAAUUUAUGCUUUCUCAGGAUGCUGAACAUGAGCUUCUGUUUGACCUCAUUCAGAAAAUGUUGGAAUAUGACCCAGCCAAAAGAAUUACUCUCAAAGAAGCCUUAAAGCAUCCUUUCUUUUCCCCCCUUAAAAAAACUGUGUAGCUCUAUAAGUUGUACAGCUCUUGAAGAGAUCAUACAGACUGUAUCAGUCUAAUUUUUAAAUAUUAAAUUAUUUAUAUAGCUUUGUAAAAUUCUUAGAUUUUAUAUUGCCAUGUUUAUUUUGUUUGAAUAGUUUAAGUAUAUAGCUAAACUAAUGGAGAUCUUUUUCAGUAACUACUGUGUAAGAUGAUUUAUUCAGAAUAAACUUGUGCUUAUGAAAUUUAUAUGAAUCUGCAUUUUCUUCAUACUUUUCACUUUAAAGAAUAGAUACACAUUUCUCUUCUUGGAGGUGUUUUUAAGUCUUUGGAAAUGCUUAGCUUUGUUUUCAUUUUAGGGAUUGUUUCUUCUCGGGGCUAAUGGAACCAGAUUACAGGGGGUACUGGUACUUGCUGGUCUCUGCCUUAGUGGGGUUUUUUUUUUUUUUUUAAUGGCUUCAGGUGCUAUUCUCCUUCAGGAGUGGUAAUGACAAAAAAGCAUCCAGACUGUAGCCAAGUCUGCAUUAUCAAAUGAUAAUAAGACAGCUUUUGAUCCAUUUGGGAUCCUUAGGCUAGGUCUUGCCAUGGUCUUUUUUUUUUUAAUGCAAUUAAGCCUGAGAGAUUUAAACAGAUUUGUAGACCAUAUUACAAAUUUUAAUUUGUUGCCAAAAGUCACAACUCGAGAUCUAGACUUAUUAGAUUCAAAUUAGCCCUUAUUAGCUGUAUGACCCUGGAAAGUCAUUUAAUCUCUGUGCCUCCCUGUAUUAGAUGUAAAACUAGAGAAAAUUUACUUAACCUCAGAAUUAUGAGUAUAAAUUAGUGUAUUAUUAGUAUAUGUAAGGCAGUUUGCAACAGUGGCCUAUAUUCUACAUAAGCUAUGUCUUCGGGAGAAGACCACAUGUCUUGAGUGGCAUGUUGUAUAAAGUUCCUUUGGUCCCUUGGUUCCUUUAGUCUUUUUAAUCUGUUCCCUAUAAAUAACAUCAGGGUGCCCAGUGCAGAGGGUAUCUUUGAAUUUCCUAAGUCCUGAAUUGUUGAGUUUCCCAACUGAUAACCCUUAAAAAGACUUGACCUUAGCUUAUUUAUAUACUAUAUUAUAUAGUCAUUUACUGCAUAACAUACAUUCAGGAAACGUCUGACUGCAUAUAUGUCCGUGGUCCCAUAAGGUUGUAAUACAGUUGAGAAAUUCUGAUCGGUGAAUGGGAUGUAACAGAUUUAGGUGUGUCACAUGACUCAAAAUGAGAAGAAACAUCUGCAAACAUCCAGUAAUAAACAGAAUGUGGAAUGUACGCAGUAAGAAUUUAGGAAAAUUGAAAAUUGUCAAAAAUGAAAUGGAACACAUAAACCAAUAUUCUAGGCAUUAGCUGAGAUGGACCGGUAUCUGCCAUUUUGAAUUGGACAAUCAUAUGGUCCACCAUGCUGGGAACAACUCGAGGAAUGGCAUUGUGUUCAUCAUCAAAAAGAAUAUUUCAAGGUCAAUCCUGAAGUACAAUGCUGUCACCGAUAGGAUAAUAUCCCUACACCUACAAGAAAGACCAGUUAAUAUGACUAUUAUUCAUGCACCAACCACUAAAGUCAAAGAUGAAGAAACAAGAUUUUUACCAACUCCGGUUUGAAACUGAUCAAACAUGCAGGCAGGAUGUAUUGAUAAGUAUUG